AUGCCAACACCAUCACCAAAAACCAAAACUACGGAAUAUGAACCUCUCAUCUAUAGAAUUGUUGCCUUCCUUCAGGUAAUUCUGAGUUUGUUCUUCAACUUGACCUUAAUUUGCUUAAUUCCGUUCAUGAUUGUUGCCAAUCACAGAACCAAUCAGACCAAUACAGAACAAUUAGUAGUCUUGGGUAUAUGUUUAAUCAUUUUAACGCUCAUGUCCAUGGCAAAGAAUGUGGGCACAGCUUUGGCUUCAUGGAAAGGAACCUUCAUGGCCAUUCAGGAAGGAUUACAGAAUCACAUUACUCAACAAAAUCUCAGAACGAAACGAUUUGCCAUGAUUGGCUGUGGAUGUGCCAUUGCUCACAUGAUACUUGGCCUCAUUCUUUCCUAUUUAGGAACUGUCUUUAUUGUCAUGCUUGUGGAUAAUUUGGAUGAUAGAGAAUUCGAUUGGGGAGUUGAUAGUUUGGAAUUUGAUAAUCCUUUUGCUUUUGUUGUGGCCAUUGUCCAUUUAAUUUUCAAUAUUGCCGCAUUUGGAGUAUCAGUGUGGAAUCUCAUUUUGGUAACUCGUGAAAUUGCCCACUAUCACAAUGUCAAACCAAGUGGUGAAGAAGAAUCCCAUUAA